AUGUUCCCAACAGCUCAAUUCGCAAUGAGCUUGCUUAAAUAUCAACGAGCUGCAUCCGUAGCACUACGUAAGUUGUUUAUUGCUUUGUUUUGAACGUUUAGAAUGUAGUAAACAGCGAGAUUCGGCAUGUGUUGAUGGUUAAACGGCCGAAAAAUGUCAUCCUACCCGAAGCGACGGUGUUUCCGGGCGGAAAGUUUGAUCAUAAUAAGGAAAAUGAGUUUCCUCGAGAAAAAACGAAUUGGAAUUUGGUAGAAGAACAACCAAUACAGCCGUUGGAUGUAACUGACGACUAUUGUUACAGAGUAGCGGCGUUGAGAGAGCUUUUUGUUCAAACUGGUACCCUGUUGAUAUACUCGGUCAAUUGUCGUGAAUCUAUAUUUGUUACUUCGAAAGACGACAGUGCUUUACAUGAAUGGAAGGACAAGGUAGUUUAUUUAAUUUUUUGUUAGUUUUUAGGGUUAUUUUUUGAAACGAAAUGUUUUUGGAUAUUAACAUAGUGAAAAAGCGAUAAUUACAUGUUUUUUUAUAACUUUUUUGAAAUAACAGCUGGUACUUUGAAAAUUUUGAUAUUUGUAGAUUUUUUACUUAGUUAAAUAUUAAAGCUAUAAGUUUUAUUACUUUAAAUGCAUUUUGAAGAUAUAUUAUGUUAUAACUUCCCUACCUUGUAAAUUAUAGUAAAGUUUAGGUAAAACAAGACCCGACAAAGUUUAACGAAUUGUUUAACAAAACUGACAAAUUGGAUGUCAAUGUUCUUGUUCCGUGGUCGAAUUGGCUUACACCUCAAGGAUGCUUAGAAAGGCUGGAAAAGAUAUUCUUCUUGGCCCCGAUUGAGAAUCUGGACGCUGAUCAAUUUGAAGAAGAUGAGACGUUGCACUGGCUACAUUCUACUGACUUUAUUGAGCAGAAUUCAGUGGGUAAGUGCUUCUAUGCCUUUGCUCGAUUUUGAGGGUUUGAGCUACAAAAACGUAUUCCAGGUAAGAUGGCAGUGCCAAUACCUCAAUUCUACGAGCUGAUGAGGAUCCGUUUAUCACAUCAAUCACAUCUUCAUAGUCAAAUCUCUACACGACAAGUUGUACCACAGUUAAUUCAAACUGAAGAUCGAAAAAUCGGGGCUUUUGUAUUUCCCGAAGAUCAUCUUUAUCUAUCAGAUGAAGCGGAGUUCCAAUCAGCCAGAACAAUGAAGGAAAGUGAUAUCAUACCAAAGAAGGAGAUUGAUCAGCUCAGGACGAUACAUCGAAUAUUAUAUCGUGAAGGUUUCUUGCACAACGAAUUGUUCUUGUUUAAUACGCCGAAAAUGCCAUUCAAACCACACUUGUUUCAUUGUAAUGGCAAUAUUUACAAUGAUUGGCCAUAG